AUGCCCCGCUUUUCGCCUUACCAAAGUCCGGGUGCUCAAACUCUUCGGACUCGCCAAACAGAGGAGAUAUCCGCGGAAGAUAUCAGAAGAUAUAAGGAGUCAAGAGCUCGUAGGGUUAAAAGGUCAUUUUUUUAUCAUGAGUCGCCAUCGUCAGAUUCUCACCAAUUCGAAAACGAUCCGAGCCAAUUUCGUACAGUGUUCGAGAUGCCCCCGAAUGAAAACGGAAUCAUUACGCCAGAAGACGGGAUUUAUAGCAUCUUGAAAGAGCCGACACUUGUCAUCGAAAGACAGGUUGAGUUCAUGAAUGUCAUACUAGGCUUCGAACAAGCAAACAAGUACAAGAUCAUGAACUCCUUAGGUGAGCAGAUCGGGUACAUGGAAGAAAAAGACUAUGGAAUAUUGAAAAUGAUCGGCAGGCAGUUUUUCCGCCUUCAUAGACCGUUCGACAUCGAUGUCUUCAACAACUAUGGCGAUCUCCUUUUGACAAUCAAAAGACCGUUUUCAUUCAUAAACUCCCACAUUAAAUGUCUUUUGCCAGGGUUCGAUACAGACGGAAAUCUCAUGCACGAAGUGGUUGGUGAAUCGGUACAGAGCUGGCACCUCUGGCGUAGAAAGUACAACUUGUUCAAGCUAGAUGACGAGACGACCGAUGAGUAUAACCAGUUUGGCCUGAUUGACUCUCCAUUUUUGGCGUUUGAUUUCCCGGUAAAAAACGAGGAAGGUGACGUGAUCGCGUCCGUGGACAGAAACUGGGUUGGCUUGGGCCGUGAGCUCUUCACAGACUCGGGUGUGUACAUCAUCAGAAUGGACCCUGCUAGUUUUGCCGGUUUGGGCGACCUUUAUCCCAGCGUGGCAGGACCCCUCACGCUAGACCAACGCGCCAUUUUGCUUGGAAACGCCGUGAGUAUCGAUUUUGACUAUUUCUCGAGACACAGUAGACAAGGGGGCGGCUUCAUGAGUUUUGGCUCCUACGAGUGA